AUGCAAAGACUAACGCCGAGGGCAGUGGGGCAGGUGGGGGUGCUUGCCCCCGAACCAGCCGAGGUCAAGAAAUAUAUCCACAAUCUAUCUUCAACCGGAGAGACACCGGCGGACGAGUUAUGCAAAGCACCCUUUGAUUCCAACAAGCCUGUCUCAACUCGCAUGAGCUACAUGUCCUUUGGAGAUGAGGAAGCAACAGCCACGGUCACGCGAUUCGGUGAGUUCACCCAGAUUAGUCGCUAUCUGGGGCACAAGCCAUCGUCGAUCUACGCCAUCGGGUCCGCAGGCUUACCUGCGGCACAUCGGACUCGGGAGCGCGCUCAGCAUCUUGAGGAAAUGAUUGAAUGGGGGUAUGGAUUCGGUCCAGGCUUCCAGUAUCCAAGAGCGAUGGACAAGAUUGAAACUUACUGGUGGACCAAUGCGCGGUCUCCAAUGGGAUUGCAAUCAAGCAAUCUGUUGUGGAGAACCUGCAAGACACACCACUUCCCGUCACGCAAGUACCGGGUACCAAAUUAGUAGUGCAGGAACUCGACGUUGUUGACCGUGAAAAUUCCUUCAGCCAUGCGAAAGGAACAGGGUCUACUCUUGCGGGACCCGGACCCGGGGGAUACGCUUUCGUACGGAUUCAAUCGCUGGGAAGAAGUGAAAAAGAGUGUCGUGUGAGUGAAGGAGAAGAGGGCUCGGGGUGGGAUGCCCAGCCAACUGCUAUUGCAGUAGUCAUGGGACUGUUCCUCAAUGGAGAAGCCGUGGAUCAGACGAGGUGGAAAGAAGAGCGCGAGUAUGUUGUCCCAACCGGCAAAUCGCUAAAUCUCUCUAUUGGUUAUAAGUUGGUUCUUCUCAGAAGAGGAUCCGUUGACUGGCGCUCUCUGGUGCUGAGGGC